GCAACACGCUUUGCUCUCUGCCCUUUUGAUAACCCAUAUUUGCUCUGUUUAAUGGUUAAUACUGAAAGCUGGACAUUUAUAUAAGUCUAGUGUGUCAACAACUAAAACAAGGAGUAGCACAGACCAGCAGAAUAAGAUUCUUUUGAAAAGAAUAAGCAUUACAGAUCCCCAUGAAGUCCAUUUACCUCUCCUUCUUACUUAUUGUUCUUCAAGUCCAUUCAUAUCACCACCCAAGACACCACCGUAGCCCAGAUGGCAAUAAAAUUACAUCUGAAGAUCAGCAGCCAUCUUUGGAUGAAGAACAGGGAAACAAGUUCCCUUACUAUCAAAAGAUAGCAUUCAACAACGCUAAGUUUGCAUUUGAACUGUACAGGCUCAUCGCAUCCCACACAACCGACAAAAACAUUUUCUUCUCUCCACUAAGCAUUUCCACAGCUUUCGGGAUGCUGACCUUGGGUGCCAGAUCUGAAACCCAAAAUCAGAUUUUCCAAGGACUUGCCUUUAACCUGUCAGAGAUUGAGGAAAAUGAAAUACACAAAGGAUUCCAUCAGCUCAUCCAUGAGCUUAGCCAUUCCAGCAACAAAGCCCAGGUCCACAUAGGGAAUGCCUUGUUCAUAGAAGAAACACUGAAAAUACUUCCUAAGUUUUUGGAGGAUGUCAAAAGCCUGUAUGAAGCGGAAGGCUUCUCUUCCAACUUCGAGGAUCUUGCCACAGCUAAGCACCAAAUCAAUGAGUAUGUAAGGAACAAAACUCAGGGAAAAAUAACUCAAGCAGUUGAGGACUUAGAUCCACACACUGUGUUGAUUCUUAUUAACUAUAUCUACUUCAAAGCUUUUUGGGAAAACCCUUUCGAUGCUGACCUUACCAGGGAAGAAGACUUUUUUCCAGAUGCAAAUACAACUGUGAAAGUGAACAUGAUGUACCGACAAGGCUAUUACAACAUGCUGUAUGACAAAGACUUGUCUUGCUAUGUUGUGGAAGUUCCAUAUAAAGGAAAUGCUUCUGCCCUAUUUAUUCUGCCAGAUGAAGGGAAAAUGCAGCAGGUGGAGGGUGCUUUGGCGAUUGAAAUUUUGGCUAAAUGGAAAACAUCCUUUACACUGAGAGAAAUACACCUGCUGAUUCCAAAAGUAUUAUUUUCUGCCUCUUAUGAUGUAAAAGAGCUGUUGCAGAAACUGGGCAUCAUUGAAGUCUUCACUGACAAUGCUGAUCUAUCUGGAAUUACCGGACAACCGAAUCUGAAAGUUUCCAAAGCUCUACACAAAGUUGUUGUGGAUAUUCAUGAGAGUGGCACUGAGGCAGCUGCAGUCACUGUUAUUGAUAUAACUCCAAGGUCAAAUCCUCAUACUACCAUCAAAUACAACAGACCCAGCCUCCUAUUAAUUGUUAAUAAAGCGACACAGACCAUCCUCUUUGCUGGGAAAAUUUUCAACCCGACCAAACAGUGAUUGUUUUAGAGAUAUAGAAUUAUAGCUUUCCUACCCUGUUUUCACAAAAAUAAGCCCUAGUAUGAUUUUUCAGGAUGCUCGUAAUAUAAGCCCUAGUUAAGCCCAAAAAUAAGCCCUAGU